AAGCAAAUUGGACCAAAUAGCUGCUGCAGCUUAGGACUUCCUCAGUAGGAACUCAUCUAGCAACAUCUCGAGGUAGAGGACGAGGUAAGGGCAAGGGCAAACUGGCGAGCGACUCGAAGUGAGACCGUGAAGGGCCAUAGGGACUACCGCUUCCGCUUAUCUUUAUUUCAGAUUUUCGCACUUGAGUUCGAGUACUUUCAUUAUUUACCAUCUUUAUGUAGAUAGGGCCCGCUUAGGGAUUUUAAACUUAACUCGUAUUUCUACAUGUUACUUUAACUAUCUUUCAUAAAUAAAUUUGCUAGAUUUCUUUGCAUUUAUUUACACCAGAUUUUAUGACUUAAACACUGAUCCUAGAUUUAGUAACCACUUCGAUUCAGCAUAAAGAGUCGGGUCGUUACAGUUGGUAUCAGAGCGCAGUGUUUUAGGUCCUGUAGACUGACUUAUGAUGUAAGUCAUUUUGUUUUGAUUUUACCUCACCCUAUGGCUAUACGGUCCUUCGUCACUCGCCAGGUAUGCCUAAAGCUUUACAAAUAUUAAGAUUAUAAUGUUGCCUGAUUAGAUUAGACUUAGAGAGAGAAUAUUGAGCUCUAGUGGUGAAAAAUUUGUUGGUGAAUUUUAGGAAGAAUGCCGCCACGUAGAGGUGCACGUCGAGGAGGUGGCAGGGGAGGCAGAGGAGCCGGUCGUGGCCAACCGGCGGAGCAACCUGCCGCGCCGCCAGUCAACCCCGACGUACCAGUCAACCCUAAUGCACCGGUCACUCAGGCGGAUCUCGCCGCAAUGGAGCAGCGUUACCAGGCCAUGCUGCAAGCUGCUCUAGCGCCGUUCCUCGCUGCUCAGCAGAACCAGGCCGCCCCUGUUCAGGACCAGCCUGUAGUCCCUCCAGCCCCUGUUCAGGACCAGCCCGUCAUCCCUCCAGCCCCGGUGGAAGCUCAGCCGGUGCCAGUACAACUGUCAGCUGAGGCCAAGCACUUGAGGGAUUUUAGGAAGUACAACCCGAAGACUUUCGACGGAUCCUUGGACAACCCCUUUAGAGCCCAGCUGUGGUUGACAUCCAUAGAGACGAUCUUCAGGUACAUGAAGUGCCCAGAAGACCAGAAGGUGCAGUGUGCAGCUUUCUGUUUGGAGGAUAGGGGGACUGCCUGGUGGGAGACUGCUGAGAGGGCGCUGGGAGGAGAUGCCAGCAAGAUCACAUGGGAGCAAUUCAGGGAGAGCUUUUAUGCUAAGUUCUUCUCUGCCAACGUGAAGCACGCCAAGCUCCAAGAGUUCCUAAACUUGGAGCAAGGCAAACUGAGCGUGGAACAGUAUGAUGCCGAGUUCGACCUGUUGUCCCGUUUUGCCCCUGAUGUGGUAAGGGAUGAGGCCGCCAGGACUGAGAGAUUUGUUAAUGGCCUCAGGUUAGACCUCCAGGGUUUUGUACGAGCUCUUCGACCAACCACUCAUGCGGAUGCUCUACGCAUAGCACUGGAUCUGAGCCUGCAUGAGAGAGCUGGUCAAUCUAAGGUUGUCGGCACAGGGUCAGCCUCGGGACAGAAGAGGAAGGCGGAGGCGCAGCCCGACGUAAUACCACAGCGGACUCCGAGGUCAGGAGGUGUCUUCCAGAGACACCGUCGGGAGCUGGCAGCAGCUGGGAGAACUUUGAGAGAGCUACCCACUUGUACUACCUGUGGGAAGGUCCAUGGAGGACAAUGUUUAGCUGGGAGUGGAGUCUGCUUCAGGUGCAGGCAGCCGGGGCACACCGCUGAUGCGUGUCCUCGGAAACCCUUAGAGACGACGCCACGUCAGCCUUCUGCUCCCCAGCAAGGGAGAGUCUUUGCCACGAACCGGCAGGAGGCCGAGCGAGCUAGUACGGUGGUGACAGGUAGAGGACGAGGUAAGGGCAAGGGCAAACUGGCGAGCGACUCGAAGUGAGACCGUGAAGGGCCAUAGGGACUACCGCUUCCGCUUAUCUUUAUUUCAGAUUUUCGCACUUGAGUUCGAGUACUUUCAUUAUUUACCAUCUUUAUGUAGAUAGGGCCCGCUUAGGGAUUUUAAACUUAACUCGUAUUUCUACAUGUUACUUUAACUAUCUUUCAUAAAUAAAUUUGCUAGAUUUCUUUGCAUUUAUUUACACCAGAUUUUAUGACUUAAACACUGAUCCUAGAUUUAGUAACCACUUCGAUUCAGCAUAAA